AGUCUCUUGUUGUCAUUCAUUCCGAUCAGCUAUCUCUCAAUAAUUUCCAAAAUAUGGCUUCAAUCAUUAAGAAAAUCAUCACAACAGCUAAGGCACCACUUCCAGUUGGUCCAUAUAGUCAAGCAGUUGUUGUCGAUCGUACAGUUUACUUGUCUGGAGCAUUAGGAACUGACCCAGCAACCGGUAAAUUAGUUGAAGGCGGUGCAAUUCCAGAAGCAGCAAAGGCACUUGAGAAUAUUAUCGUUCUGUUGGCUGCUGCUGGAUCAAAAAUCGAUAAUGUUAUCAAAUGUACUGUCUUAUUGAAUGAUAUGGCUGAUUUUGCCGGUGUUAAUCUGGAAUAUAAGAAAGUUUUUACAAAAGAUCUUCCAGCCAGAACAUGUGUACAAGUCGGAAAAUUACCACUCGGUGCUAAUGUAGAAAUCGAAGUAAUUGCUGUCGUUGGUGACUGCACAGUCGAACAUGUCACUGUUGACUGACUAAAUGAUCGAUCCAAGCUAUGAACUACUUACGCAUUUCCUUUCAACUUUUUACAUACGUAACUGAGAACCAUCAAUAAAUUAUUGAACAGAAGUAAUUUACUUCUCGAUAUAUGUGACAUGUAAAUGUUUUCAUAAUCAAUUGUGGGCUGAAUGAGAGAUAAAUAUAAAUUACAAAUAAAUCAUAUUUUGAAUACUUUUGAUUGGAUAUUUUUAUAUUAUUGCAUAAU